AUGUCGCUGUCCGACAGUACGGUGUCUGAGUGUAAGAUCCCAACAGCUACCAACAUCAAUCUGGAUUUGUUCAUAGAGAUCGUCGAGUUUUGCUUGAACAAUAGCUAUUUCCGAUUCAGAGAUAAAUUUUACCUGCAAACAUUCGGAACUGCUAUGGGCAGUCCCCUAUCACCUAUUUUAGCUGACAUUGUAAUGGAAAAUCUGAUUAGCACAGUUAUAAGAAGCCUUCCGUUCAAGAUACCAGUUCUGCGGAAAUAUGUCGACGAUCUAGUGCUGGCACUGCCAAAGAACCAAGUUCAACAGACAUUGCACAUCUUUAACAGCUAUAACGAAAACAUUCAAUUCACAAUUGAACUCGAAUCAGACAGUAAACUUCCCUUCCUUGACACCUUACUUAUACGAAACAAGGACCAAACCAUUAGCACACAGUGGUACUCCAAGCCAAUUGCGUCAGGCCGUUUGAUAAAUUAUCAUUCUUUCCAUCCCACAUCGAUUAAAAUCAACGUAGCAACUAAUCUCAUUAAACGGAUCGUUCAGCUCACUACCAACAAGUCGGCUGACCAGCAAAAACAUAUCAUUUACCAACAUCUCAAACAAAAUGAUUAUCCCUCAGCAUUAAUCAACCGACUAAUCAACAAGCACCAUACCAAACAGUUAAAAACGUCCACACAACAGCAUCAUCAGACCAUCGAUCACUCUAAAAACAUCUCGCAAAACCACCCACUACUGGAAACAACUCAUUCAAUUUACACUAGUGCAUCCGUCGUCUAUGCCGCCACCGAAGACUCCAAUGAUAACAACGAUCCUCCGCCAACAUCCAACAUAACAGCACCAGAAACUGCAUACAAAUCGUUACCAUACAUUCCACUUCUCAGCAAAUGCAUCACAGCAACUCUGCAAGCAGAUUACCCAGCAGUAAAAUUAGCCCACAGACCGAUCAAAACAACCAGGGGCAUACUACGACAGGUCAAAGACAGCGUAGAACCAUUACAACAAUCCAAUGUCAUAUACAGUAUCCCUUGUGAGGGAUGUAGCAAGUCAUAUAUUGGUAUGACCAAAAACCAACUCCGCACUAGACUCAGUGGCCAUAGGUCAAAUAUUAACAAAUAUUCCAGCCUCACUAACAACCCACCAGAACACGCAGACCAAGAAAUCGCCAGCUUGGGGGAGAAAACAGCACUCAUCCAUCACAUGAUUAAACACGGACACAGCUUUGCGAUUAAUCAAACGAAGAUCAUCGACAGAGCUUUCCGAUCAUCAGCAUUGCCACUGUUGGAGAUGUGCCACAUCACCAACACAGCCAACACCGUAAACCAUCGCACCGAUGUACAGGGCCCCAACACCACUUACGCUGGGAUCUUACACUCUGUCAAAACAAGUCAGGGUAGUAGUAGACAAAAGCCAAAUAUUAAAAAAGCCUCUAGUUAUACUAAUACCAUAGUGCCAAAAGCUUCAUCCGUAGAUGUUUUGGGCCAAGAUAGCGGAGUGUGA